CCAUUUUGUUCUCCAAAAUGAUACAGCGACUACGACAUUGUCACGAAGAUAGUUACUGACUUGAAACACCUCUUCUAUUCGACUUAUUUUGAGGACUGUAGUUGUUGUUGUAUCUUCUAUAAUCCUAGCUAGAGUUCAGCGAUCCGCGCGACAAUUUACUUACGCGGUAGAGCUACACCACCACAACAUCACCACGAUUUGAAGUUGCUAUUCCGAACAACAAAAAAAUGCGCGUCUUUCUCGAGUUUUCCGUCGGCGACCUGACCGUCUACAACCAGGAACUGAAGGAAUUCACGCAGUUUGCCGACUUUGUGAAGCAACGCGGCGCGACCUUCGGUUGCCCGACCGACGCAAAAGAACUCGACGAGGAGCAGAAAGAAAUGCUGGCGGAGGUGAUGCGAGGGGAGGUAACCGACUCGACCACAAUAGUGAGAACGACGGAACCGGUUUCCCCGAAGAUAGGGCAGGUGAAAAUCGACUUGAACGACAAGGAGUGUCCGAAAACCGCGGAGAAUUUCCGAGCGCUCUGCACCGGGGAGAAAGGGAUUGGGAAAGGACACCAGAAGCCGCUGCAUUUUCUGAACAGCACGAUGCACAGAAUAGUGCCGAAUAUGUUUCUCCACGGGGGCGAUUUCACAAGGUUCGACGGCAGCGGCGGCGACAGUAUUUACUCAGGCAAGUUCAACGACGAGAAGCCGGGCUUGAAGUUCAAACACGACGUACCAGGGUUGUUAUCCAUGGCGAAUAGCGGGAAAAAUAGCAACACGAGCCAGUUCUUCCUCACUCUUGGUGCGUGCCCGAAACUAGAUGGGAAGCAUGUGGUUUUCGGCAAGGUUGCGGACGAGGAGUCGCUAUCGGUUUUGAAGGAAGUGGCUCUCAAGUGCGAACCCGACGCCGCGAAGGAAAUGCCCGGGAAAACUGUCACGAUCACUGGGUGUGGGGUUGUGUAGUAGACAAAGGAUUGCAGCAUAGUAGUAGCUGGUUGAACUCUGACUACUUCCGCGACACAACAACCCGCGACAACCAACAUAUUCUCAAUUGUCCAAGAACUGAAACACGCACUUCAAUUGAGGAAAAUUAUUAUCUCAAAAAAUGGAAUCUGUAAUGCGUAACGGCACACGUGGGCAGUUUUGCUUUUGCGCCACAAGAAAAAAGAUCAUUUUACAACUUCGCGAUGAUAUGACGAAAGAAAAAAUGAACCUAGACAUCACAAAUUUCAACCGGAAACUCUUUUACUGCUGUGGAACCUUUUCUGGACGCUGACAGGCAAGCGGGUCGCAUAUCGAUAGGCUGGGACUUCGGUUCCGGUUUAGGCUAGCGCUCAAGGCCCGUAGCGAUAAUUAUUGUGUGCGAAUUGGAAAGAAAAAGGAAACAAGGAAAAAAGAAACAAAGGAGAUUUAUUUUGGGAUUGAAGUGUGUUCUAUUUUGUGUAAUUAC